UGCAGACAUCGUGACAUGGAGACCGUGGGAAUCCGCCAUUGGUGUUCUUGACUCUGAUGUUGGUCGCAGGGCUGUGGAGCUUUCAAACAAAAGGGUUAUAUUUACUUGGAUUGGCAAGAAUAUGUGGUACCUAGGAGAACGAUCUUGGAGGCAAAAUCAUCCUACUUUUGGAAUUCCUAGAAAUCCACCAUUUAAAAUUGGCGAGGUCAGUCAUGAGAAAGCAAAACUUGUGAAAGAAGCUGGAUGGGUAGAUGCAAAUAUGUUUGUGAAAGCUGUUUCAUAUAAUAUGUAUCUGCGAUAUUGGCGACAUGUAACUAACUUCCAUCAAUUCGUGACCAAAGUCGAUUGGGUAGUUGAAUUACACGGGGUUGAUGGUGACCUUGUUAAACACCUUAUUCAACGACCUGCUCAGCAUGUACCUAUUCCACCACCACAACAAUUAUCAUACCCUGAAGCUUAUAAUCUAGUUCAAGAACAUGCCGAUUUUAAUCGUGCGUUUCGCGAGUUUGUAUUAUAUGAAACGGAAGACAGGAUGAUACGUUUAAAGGCAAAAGAUGAAGUAAUACGAGGCCUUGCAGCUCGUAACAAUUACCUGGAGGAUCAGAUGCAAUUCCGUAUGCAACAAACGCCGCGUCCCCCUAUUGGAUUCGGCAGUUUUUCUGAAACUAUCCCACCAGCGGUGUGGGCUCCAGUGAGUCAAGCAUCAACAAUGUCGUCUGUUAACCCCCAUCCGAGAAUGACGUUUAUCCCACCACGGCAAACACCAUCGCAUACUCCUACUGAUGAAUAAGUAACUUUUUAGCCUCCACUUUGGAUAUGUACUUUUUAGCCUCCACUUUGGAUAUGUACUUUUUAGCCUCCACUUUGGAUACUCCUACAAAGUGCGUAUGUUAUCUCUAUAUAGGGUUACUUUUUAGCCUCCAUUUUCAGACUCCAUUUUCAUUCUGACAUGUUGAUUU